GGUUAUCCGAGCAACGACCACCUUCAUGGUUUGCCGUGAAGGUCAUCUUUUGAUGAAACUCUCACAUGGUAAACAUAUCUGUGUGCCGUGUCCGAAAUGUCCUCCAGGACAGGGAGCAACUGUUCCCUGUGGAGGUAAUAUGCCAAACAACGUUCCUGUAACCUGUAAAGCCUGUGAGUCAGGAGAGUAUUCUGAUUCGCUUUCUUUUGGAAGUUGUAAACCGUGCUCAAAAUGUCUUCCUGAUGAGGCCAUUGUGGCAAAAUGCACCAACGUCUCUGAUACACGUUGCAGCUGUAAACCUUGUCCUAGGGGUUACUACCGCAACAAGACCAUUUCGAAAUGCCUCCCUUGUUCAAGCUGUUGUUUCUUGGAUGAUACAAAUGAGGUUGUUCCACAGUGUGUUAGUCAGGGACUACCUCGCAGCCAAGUAUGCAGCAACCUGAAAAGGAAACCGUGUGACUCUGUUAAAGAUUUCGUAAAGUCCUCUUGGGGUCUUAAUAACUGGACUCUGGUUGCAGGUUUUUUGGUGUUCAUUUUUAUUUCUUAUUUUGCCUAUACUUCCAUCCUUCCAAGAAAAAAUAAUUUAGCUACAAAAGUUCAGUGUGGCUCUUAUCCAAGCCAUGAGACAACAGAGCAUGUGACACCACAGCAAAAAUAUGAACCAGGAACCACUGAGGAUACCUAUCAAGGUAAGUUUGAUGAUCUUAAAAUUUCUCACAUAAGGUUUUAACUGAAAAGUUUAAAGUUGUGCUGUGGUGGGGGAAGGGGUUGAAACUAAACAAAAGCACUAAACCUUCCACGUCGGCAAACCUAACAACGAAAGGUUGUUUGCUGUAGCUGAACAACAAAUGUCGAAAAGAGAAAGAUGUAUCCCGUUUAAUUUGAAAAGGCCAUAAAAGAUUAAGUAAAUACUCGCACUCCUGACCCAACAACGAGGUAACCAGUAGAUGUUGAGUGUUCAUAUAGGGCAUAUGGAAUCGGUUGUAUUUCACUAUCGUUUACCGUGACGCUAGCAUCUUUAAUAAGCUCUAUUCACUCCAUAUCAUUCAUGCAUUUUUAUUUGUAAAAAAAUACACUUUGCAGAUACCAGAGAGGUGGAGUCAGAAUUUCCUGUGGAGCAAAACCACGGCCAUUUACUGUUUGAGAAGACAGGGGUUGAAGUCAUUGCUGAAUCGAAUGACCUACCUUUACCAAGUCAAUUAGCUUUACAAGCCGCGUCACACUCAACCAAGCCUGGAUUUCUUGAAAAGGAUGAAAUUCAACUUAGUCCUGUAAUAACGUUUAUUACAAGUAGUACAAUUGAAAAACCGCUUGAGAUUAAGAUACCACAUGGGGCAAAUAUGAUUCUUUCAAAUGCGAAGUGGAACUUCAUGCUUAAAAAGCUGGUGAAUAACGUAUGGGUCACUAUUAGGCAAACUGGGCAAGGAAUUCGAAACUUGAUUCCUAAAAGCAACUACGUAAGUUUUAAAACAAAUCACCUCUCAACCUUCGUGGUGACUGGUAAGUUAGAAAAUAUCUCCCUUCCAGCCUUCAAACGAAUGAAGGUGGCAGCUUUCUGCAGUGAGACAAGCUUUGGGGACGACGUUAUUCUGAGGCUGUAUUGUUUUGAUGACUGCGAAUAUUCCUUCGAGGUAUGUUAUGAGGACGUUUAUCUUAUUUAACCUUUAACUCGCGUUGACGCACAAGCAUUGGACAACAUUUUUUCUUUAAGCGUACCGUUCUAGGAUGUUUUGCUUACAAAAUUAUUCCUGUUACAGGAUGAUAGCUCAAUAAAGCCAACAAUAAAGCAAAUUUGAAAUGUCAGGCAUUGAAUAUUUCACCUUGUCAAUUCAUAUUUGUGAAAUAUUUCAGCUGAUCAUGAUUUGUGAGAGAACUUUGAAGCUUUCUUUUAAUGUCUAUAGAUGUACCAAUAAUAGUAUUGGACCAUAUAUUCUAGCUGUAAAUCGAUGACACCCCAUUUUUGUUUUUUUCAGCCAGUUAGGGGACUGAACAAUUCUGGCGUUGUAUUUUCGUCCCAAUCCAAGCCUUUCUGUACUAACCCUGUUUCAUGAUAUUUUUCUAAGGCAUUUUUAUUCUUAAUUUUUAUAGAAGCUUAUGAAGAAGGAGCAGCAAAAAGGAGGGAAACUCGUCUCAUCAAUAGACUCUCUCGACUUUGAUGUCAACAGCGACCGGGAUGUGGAGAUUAGUAUAACAGAUAAUAAAGGCUGGCAACUUGACCAGGCUAGCCCAAUGGUACUGAGACAUCUCUGUUGUCCAAUCGGUUUACAGUGUAUUAAAAUCAGUCGAUUGACUGAUUCGCUCGUAGAUGUUUUGCAAAUAAUUUUGUUUUUAUUGUAAACACGCAGCAUAUUCUUGCAGUAUCCAUUUUCACUGCUAUUAUUUGUCACCUUCCAGAAGCUAAGCAAUAACUUGCUGAGGAACUCAUUUGACAUCAUUCCUCAAUGCAAUCUUGUGUUUCAUCCCACUACUGCACCAGACAAGAACAAGAGCAGCUUCUUUGUUGUGUUGACCUUAACUCAGGACCCGUCCACUCAAACUAUGCUGUAUGCAAGUACUGUUAUAAAAAAGGUAUACCAUGUUUUCGUUUGGUCCUUAGGAAACUUAACUCUUUUAAUCUGCUUAUAGUACUAAGUAUAAUUCAUUUUGUUGUUGAUGGUAAGUAUUGACAUGUAUGGCUUUAUGCGUACGUAUUUUAUGAUGCACCGUUUGUGAAGUUGUAGCUAGUUGUCGAAAAUGUUUUUUUCCAGUUUUCGACUAAUUACGACAAAAAUUGCACAAAGUAGUAAGAAAAAACUCAUUCAAAUUCUUUUCAGCGGAAAAAUGCAUGCUAGUAAGCUCUAUAACUAUGAAAAAUUGUCUGUGUGAUACCUUUGAACAUAUUUUAACUUCCUCUUGAAGAACAUGCUAGGCCAGUUGAUGUCAAUUCAUAACUCGAUUGCAAAAUCAUAGUACUUGCAUUGAUUAUAACCAGAUUCUUUACUUCCACAGGCCCCUUGUUCUCAGGGUUAUCGAAACGGUAUGGUAUUCUCGCUGUUUAUUUCCUUCUUAACCCACUACUUAACAAGAAACAGCCUAGCCGAUUGUCCUGUCAUUACUGGCCAUAUAUUCACCAAUAAAAGUUUUUGAGUCGUUCUGUGAGAGUUUUGUUGCCCUCGAUAUUUCUCGUCAUGAUAUCGGCACUGAAUAUGAUGAUAGCGGACCCUGAAAAGUUAAACUUUAACACACUUUUUAAUUGAGAUAUUCCCUAAGCAUUUGUUUUAUACCUUGAUAUCCGAACAAGGCCUCUCACUGUUGUUUUUUCUUUCCUUUUUUUUCUAUUUCUCCUUAGAACUACACAGAAACAAAGAUUUAAGAACACACGUAGGCAUUCCGAUGGAAGCAAAGCAAAUGUUUGACAGUGACGGCAAGUGCAUCAUUCAGAUGUCAAACGUGGAUCACAACAUUUUUAAAAAGUUAUUUUAA